ACGAUACGUAUUGACAGUUGAGUUUAGUAUGACGCACUGAGUGCAAAAUGUUUAACGGACUAUAGUGAAUGAAUAUGAAGAACUGACUUUCUCCACUGAUGUCACAUAAAAGUGAUGGCAAGUACUGAUGCCAAUCACUUUGAACCUACAAGACAAUGAUCAAAAGCCCUUCGAACAGAGAAGGAAACUACGUAGCUUGAGAUACGCAAUAAAAAUAGCAUCAACACCAAAUAACCCAGCAUACAACAACACAUUUGCCGACAGAUUAACAAACCAACACAACAGAAAUUCAAGACUCCUGGCACCAUUCUGCAUCAGACUAAAAGGAUAUCCCAAUACACGAGAAAUCACUUCAACACCAAUUAUCGAACGCAACCACGGAAAAAUAGCCUCAUGGUCAUUAAAAACACCAAAAACAAACACCGACCUGGCUAACCACAAAAAAAAUGAAAAAAGCAACAUAGAACACAAGCAAUAUUUUCAGAAACUAAACAACACCUAUAAAAAUUACCACAAGAUCUACACAGACGCUUCCAAAACCAAACGUGGAAUCUGAUUCGCAAUAGUCACAGAAAGUACCACUAAAAAACAAUGGCUCUCCAACCACACAUCCAUCCUGACCGCUGAAACAUACGCUAUACUAGAAGCACUACGGUACAUCAAAGAAAACAAAUACCAAUCUACACAGAUUCCUUGACUUCGAUAAAUGCGAUAACAAACUAAUACCACCAAAAAGCACGAAGUCAUACAAAUUAUUCAGGAAACAUACACCGAACUUACCAACGACCAUAAACAAAUAAUAAUCACCUGGAUCCCGUCACACCAAGGAAUAGAAGAAAACGAGAAAGCCGACUCCUUAGCCAAAGAAGCAACAACAGACCGAACAAACGAAUCCAACAUCCCAAUUCCACACCAAGACCUACUAGCUCCAACGACCAAAGCUGAAAGAGAAGAAUUGGAACUACAGAAUUUGGACUACGACAAAUAGAAUCAAAAUACACAACAUAGCACACCAUUUCUACCAAAAAAUACCAAACAACAAUAUAAGCAGAAAAGAAAGGAUAGCUAUGACUAGAUUUCGAAUUGGACACUUCAAGAUCACGUAAUACACCUGCUACAUGACUGCAGAAAAUACCGAAACCUAAAAAGUAAAUACGGAUUAAACCCAAACACCGCUCUAACCCGCCAGAAAUAAUAAGAAAACAUUAUCAACUACCUAAAGGAGACACAACUACUCGACCAGAUAUAAAGAGAAAAUUCCAGCACGUCGCUAAAGACUUCGUAGUCGAUACGAUUCUAAACCCUCAAUAAAAAAAAAAAAUGAUCAAAAAAUAAAAAGAGGCUAUACACAUUCAUUUUACAAUGUACUCAAACAAUUUGCACCAGUAAAAUUAUCGGAUGUAAAACCAAUAAUAUUUAAAUAUUUCAAA